AAAGAAAGAAAGAAAGAAAGAAAGAAAGAAACAAACAAACAAACAAACAAACAAACAAAGUUAGUUUCUCAGGGGAAGAGAGGUAAAGCCGGGUCACCUCUGAGGAGCCAGUGACAGGUUGGAGUGUGAGUAAUGGUGUGGAGUUGUGGUUCUAGAUUCUCCCUGGCGUCGCUAUUAUGGGGGUGUGCUUGAUCAUCUCUGGGGUGUCCACUGCAUACAUGCACAAUUUCACCAACAGGGGCAAGGAAACAGAGCUGCUCAAGUUCAGUCCCAAGGGCCUGGAGAACAUUGACUAAGGAAGUGUUUUCCUGGCUGAUGAGAAAAAUCACUCAGCUAUGGUCAUCUGUUCCUGUUAGAAGGCUAUGCAGCAUAUUAUAUACUAUGCGCAUGUUAUGAAAUGCAUAAUAAAAAAAGUUUCCCAGUCAUUCAUGGCUAAGUCCCAUAGAAACUGUCAAAGUUAUUCUUAGUGGAAGGCCCCUACAAAGGCAGGCAGGGUUUGGAGGUACUUAGAGGUUAGAGGGUAGCUGGGAGAAGGGUUGGGGGAAGGGCUAGAGUAGAAUCAAGAGCUUCACUUUUAUUUCAUAGACAAUAGGAAAACACUGGAGAAAUGGCUGCCCCAUUUAAAGGAGAGGGAGAGAAACCUAUGAAUGCAUCCACAUGCUAAAGGAAGAGGAAUUUUUGUUUGUUUGUUUGUUUUGUUUUCUAGAAAUAGGAUCUCACUAUGUCUGGCUUCUAAUCGGCUCUGCUGCCCAGGAUUUGUAGCUUCAAAUUCCUAAGCUUCCCACUCAGCCUCACCAGUGCUGGGAUCACAGGCAUGCACCACCUCACUCAGCUAUGAAGAGAGUGCUGUGAUCUAAGAAAAAAAAUAAAGUAUGCAAGCACUCUUUAAAAGCUUUAGCAAGAGCUAUCUGCAUAUGGAGUGCUAAUUAAACUUAUUUUUUUGUUUUGUUUUGCUUUCCCAUGAAAACAAACCCCGCCCUCCGCUGGCACUUGUUUGUAUUAUUCUAAGUGCUUGUAAACAACAAAUGGCAUUCCCUUAAUUGCUGAAAGACAAAUAAUAUUCAUAACUCUAGUUUCCUUUGCUUUCAUUUCAGCAUAUCAGGGCUCUAAUCCUAUAUGUAUUUAAUUCCAGGAGCAUGAAUCAGAAUUGGGAGGGUCACUGCCUGUCCUGUUGGCAGAAAAGGUAGAAUUUUAUUCAAAGUGGGCUGGUAAAUACUGAAAGGCUAGUCUCUGAAAAUAGAUGCGUGUGUAUAUCCAUAAAUACACUUAUUUUAUGUUUGCUGACUUACAGACUGGAGAGCACACAGCCUGCAAAGGAUUCAGAGUUAUCCGCUACUCUAUAGCGAAGCCGAUGUAGCUGAUUGAUUCUCAUAGAUGCUUCCAUUGAUUUUUGCCAAGUGCUUGCAUCAAUACCCAGUCUGCAGUUUAACCAUGCCUGGACAAAAUAAGACAUAGAAGAAAUGCUUAUUAUCCAACUCAGUCAGCAAAGAAGUAGCUGCUGUCAUUGACAGAUGAGUCUCUUUCCGACAUCAUUGUCAGUUGGCAUUUGUUAAUGUUAAUGAGCAAGCAAGGCUGGUAAAGAUGUCUCAUUUAACUUCAUCUGCCCAUGACACCUGUGGCCUCCUUGCUAUAACAGAGAGGAUUGGCAGCGUUUUUCCACAAACAUCUUUGCUACUCACAAUGCAGUGGCUCAGAUGUGCCUGCCUGUGAAUAUAAUCCUCAACAAAGUCACAACAUUCCUCUGCCUUGUUUGUCAAUUAUCAACCUCUCUGGGUUCAGACCUCAGCUCAACUGGAGACCAACCUGUCUGCAUAGUCAAAUGCCCCACAUGAAUGGAUGCAGUGACUUAUGAUGAUGUGCAUGUGAACUUCACUGGGGAAGAGUGGAAUUUGCUGGAUCCUUCCCAGAAGAGUCUCUACAAAGAUGUGAUGCUGGAGACCUACUGGAACCUCACUGUUAUAGGCUACACUUGGGAAAACCAUCAUAUUGAAAGACAUUGUCAAAGUUCAAGAAGAAAUGAAAGGUAUGUAAGUAAUCAUAGUGGAGAGAAACUCUAUGAAUGUAAUGAACGUUCUAAAGCCUUUUCAUGUCCCAGUCAUCUCCAAUGUCAUAAAAGAAGACAAAUUGGAGAGAAGACACAUGAACAUAACCAAUGUGGUAAAGCCUUUCCAACACCCAGUCAUCUUCAAUAUCAUGAAAGAACCCAUACUGGAGAGAAACCUUAUGAAUGUCAUCAAUGUGGUCAAGGCUUUAAAAAAUGCAAUCAUCUCCAACGUCAUAAAAGAACACAUACUGGAGAGAAACCCUAUGAAUGUAAUCAGUGUGGUAACGCCUUUCCAACACCCAGUCAUCUUCAAUAUCAUAAAAGAACACAUACUGGAGAGAAACCCUAUGAAUGUAAUCAGUGUGGUAAAGCCUUUGCAAGACCCAGUCAUCUCCAAUGUCAUAAGAGAACACAUACUGGAGUAAAACCCUAUGAAUGUAAUCAAUGUGGUAAAGCUUUGCAAGUCACAGUGGUCUCCAAUAUCAUAAAAGAACACAUACUGGAGAGAAACCCUAUGAAUGUAAUCAGUGUGGUAAAGCCUUUGCAAGACCCAGUCAUCUCCAACAUCAUAAAAGAACACAUACUGGAGAGAAACCCUAUGAAUGUAAUCAGUGUGGUAAAGCCUUUGCAGGUCACAGUAAUCUCCAAUGUCAUAAAAGAACACAUACUGGAGAGAAACCCUAUGAAUGUAAUCAAUGUGGUAAAGUCUUUUCACAACACGGUCAUCUCCAAUGUCAUAAAAGAACACAUACUGGAGAGAAAUCCUAUGAAUGUAAUCAGUGUGGUAAAGACUUUGCAUGUCACAGUUAUCUCCAAUGUCAUAAAAGAACACAUACUGGAGAGAAACCCUAUGAAUGUAAUCAAUGUGGUAAAGUCUUUUCACAUCACAGUAAUCUCCAACAUCAUAAAAGAACACAUACUGGAGAGAAACCCUAUGGAUGUAAUCAAUGCGGUAAAGCCUUUGCACAACUCAGUAGUUUCCAAUGUCAUAAAAGAACACAUACUGGAGAGAAACCCUAUGAAUGUAAUCAUUGUGGUAAAGCCUUUGCACGUCACAGUUAUCUCCAAUGUCAUAAAAGAACACAUACUGGAGAGAAACCCUAUGAAUGUAAUCAAUGUGGUAAAGUCUUUUCACAACACAGUCAUCUCCAAUGUCAUAAAAGAACACAUACUGGAGAGAAACUCUAUGAAUGUAAUCAAUGUGGUAAAGCCUUUGCACUACUCUCUACUUUCCAAUGUCAUAAAGGAACACAUACCGGAGAGAAACCCUAUGAAUGUAUUCAGUGUGGUAAAGCCUUUGCAAGACCCAGUCUUCUCCAAAUUCAUAAAAGAACACAUACUGGAGAGAAACCCUAUGAAUGUAUUCAGUGUGGUAAAGCCUUUGCAAGACCCAGUCUUCUCCAAAUUCAUAAAAGAACACAUACUGGAGAGAAACCGUAUGAAUGUAAUCAGUGUGGUAAAGCCUUUGCACGUCACAGUUAUCUCCAAUUUCAUAAAAGAACACAUACUGGAGAGAAACCCUAUGAAUGUAAUCAAUGUGGUAAAGCCUUUGCAAGACCCAGUCAUCACCAACAUCAUAAAAGAACACAUACUGGAGAGAAACCCUAUGAAUGUAAUCAAUGUGGUAAAGCCUUUGCAGGUCACAGUAAUCUCCAACGUCAUAAAAGAACACAUACUGGAGAGAAACCCUAUGAAUGUAAUCAAUGUGGUAAAGUCUUUUCACAACACAGUAAUCUCCAACAUCAUAAAAGAACACAUACGGGAGAGAUACCCUAUGAAAGUAAUCAAUGCGGUAAAGCCUUUGCACAACUCAGAAGUUUCCAACGUCAUAAAAGAACACAUACUGGAGAGAAACCCUAUGAAUGUAAUCAGUGUUGUAAAGCCUUUACAUGUCACAGUUAUCUCCAAUGUCAUAAAAGAACACAUACUGGAGAGAAACCCUAUGAAUGUAAUCAAUGUGGUGAAGUCUUUUCACAACACAGUCAUCUCCAAUGUCAUAAAAGAACACAUACUUUUUCGAUAUAGCUGUCUCCUGUGAGGCUAUUCCAGUGCUGAGCAAAUACAUAAGUGGAUGCUCAGAGUCAUCUAUUGAAUGGAACACAGGGCUCUCAAUGGAGGAGCCUGAGAAAGUACCCAAGGAGCUGAAGGGGUCUGCAACCCUAUAGGUGGAACAACAAUAUAAACUAACCAGUAACCCCCAGAGCUCAUGUCUCUAGCUGCAUAUCUAGCAGAAAAUGGCCUAGUCUGCCAUCAUUGGGCAGAGAAUCCCUUGGCCUCGCAAACUUUCUAAGCCCCAGUACAGGGGAACUCCAAGGCCCAGAAGUGGGAGUGGGUAGGUAGGGGAGCAGUGUGGGGGGAGUGUAUAGGGGAACUGUCGGGAUAGCUUUUUAAAUGUAAAUGAAGAAAAUAUCUAAUAAAAAUUGAAAUAUAAAAAAACAUACUGGAGAAAAAUCUAUGAAUGUAAUCAAUGUGGUAAAGCCUUUUCACAAUUCAGUAGUCUCCAAUUUUAUAAAAGUACAUAUACUGGAGGGAAACCCUAUGAAUGUAAUCAAUGUGGUAAAGCUUUUGCAGGUCACAGUCAUCUCCAAUAUCAUAAAAGAAUCCAUAAUGGAGAGAAACCUUAGAAAUGUAAUCAAUGUUAUAAAAGCCUUUUCACAGUUAUUGUCUCUAUAAUCAUAAAAGAAUCCAUAUUCGAUAGAAACCUUAUGAAUGUCGUCAGUGUGCUAAAGCCUUUGUAUAUCCCACUCGUCUUCAAAACAUAAAAGAUUCCACACUGGAAAGAAACCUCAUGAAUGCAAUCAAUGUGGUAAAGACUUUUUAAAACUCUAUAGUCUCCAUUAUUUUCAAAGAACACAUAGAAGACAGAAACCUUUGGAAGGUAAUCGGUGUUGUAAAGCAUUUGAUGUCACGAUCAUCUAUGAUGACUUAAAGAUCACAUACAAGUGAGAACCCAUGUGAAUGUUAUGAACGUAGUAAAGCCUUUGUAUGUCAUAGUUCUUUAGGCACACACAAGACAAACCACACUGCAGAGAAACCCCAAUUUAAAUGUUUGCUUUUCUGAGAGUUGGUUUGGUCAUGAGAUCUGUUCCUAGCCAUUGAAAAGCUGAGGAAGAAACCCUCUGAGUAUAUUUAAUAUGGUAAAGCCUUUGCACAAUUUUGUAGUCAUUUUCAUCAUGGAAGAUUUUGAACUGGGUAGAAACAUUGUGAAUCUAUUUAGUAUGGUGAAAACUUUUUCAUUGAACUUCUUUUUUCGUAUAUUUUUCUUUUUAUGAGAAUAUUCAUGCUGGAGACAGAUGCUAUGAAUAUCAGCAGUGUGGUAAAGCUUUUAAGUUGUUGGGUCCACUGAUGUUCAACACAACUCACACUCCAGGACAAUGCAAAGGAUAAGAAUUUAUUGGGCUGGGUGGUGGUGGCGCACUCCUUUAAUCCUAGCACUCUGGAGGUAGAUGCAGGCAGAUAUCUGAGUUCAAGUCCCAACUAGUAUAGAGUGCGUUCCAGGACAGCCAGGGCUGUCUUGGAAACAUACUCAGAAGUUUGUCUUCAAAACCCCACCGCUCAUACCCAACCUGAGACAGAAAGUUAUAUAGCUUUCAGACACAAAAGCCUCAAAGUCCUAGGCCAAUUUACAGCUACGUUUUCUCCCAAAUCAAAACUUGUUUUUAUUGAAUGAGUCAAUAAAUGGUGAUUGCUAACUCCUUGUA